CCAUGAUUCAUUUAUUUGUGCCAUUUGACGCUCCUUUUCAAAUUUGAAAAACUGACGAACCUCGUUUGCAAUCAUUUCAAAACCCUUCAACUCUCUUCUCCUCACAAAUCUAUUGAUUUCUAUUUAUGGCAUACCACCAGCGAUCGAUUAAUCAGUCACCUCCGAUGGAUUCGCAACGCUAUCAGUCUCCGACUAUCUCUUUCUCAACCAAUGAAGACAAUCGAGUGGGUUAUCCAGACCCGGAAUUUGGGCGCUCUUAUGGGCACUUCGGAAGCCCAAUGGCUGCGCGUGAGGCGUUUCUCAUAGAGAUUGAAAAGGAAAGCACCCGGGAGAAAAUUAUAUCAGAUGAGAUUGCAAGAGCAAGGUAUGCUGAAGCCCGGAUGGAGGAAGAAUGGGCACUGCAAAGGGAUGGGAGGUUGCCUCCUCCUGAAGCAUUGUUUCUUGGGUAUGACCAAAGGUUUCCCCUUCUGGAACAAUAUCCCCGGGACAGGUCACCAAUCGGCCAGCAGUCAUUCAUGGGGACCUCUGGGGCUGGAUUUGCCACAAGACAUGAACACAGUCAGUUUGAGGUGUCUCCUUUUAUGGAAAGGAUAGCUGAAUCAAGGAUUUCAGAGAUGUCUUUUAUGGACCGUAGGGUUGGAUCUCGAAUUUCAGACCCGAGGCACCCAUAUGACUCUCCUAGAAACUAAGUGGGUAGCUGAGGAUUUCCAAGGAAGUAACAAGUUUCAAGAACCCAUUUGAGUUUUAGCACUCAUGAAGUAUACUCUGGUAUGACUUAUUGAGUGUAUAAGUAUUUCAAAUUUGUUAAUGGAUGGGGUCCCUAUUAGUUUUGCAAUGGAUGUGGUAUCCUUUCAUGAAUUUAUUGAAUUAUGUGGCAAUGCAUUGUGUCACUGUGCUUGUGUCAUUCUCCAUAUGUUACAUAUCUAAAAAGUAUGCCAGGAUUAAGAUUUUUGAAUCAAGAAAUAUUCUAAUGCCCUUGUGAUGUCAAAUAUUACAGUUGCAAUGAUUUGUGGUUAACAUGUUUUGUUGGUUAAGAA